AUGCCCGUCACGAUCAGAAAGUCAUCACCAGAUCUCAAGUUCGAUGUCGCCGCCCCGGCCGGCUGGUCCUAUGCAGCCGGUGAUACUAUCAUCGGUAACCUCAUUCGACAUACACCUAUCAUCACACCGGAGGCAGCCAUUACCUUAACUUUAAUCGGUCGCAUGAAGACGAAAAUUACCGAAAGCAAAUCCAACGACUCGCGCACAAACUACCGCAGCGAGGCGCUCCUGGUGAAAUCCGAUCAAACGAUCUUUUCAGGCCGGCCCUUGCAUCUCCCCGAGGGCAGUGGCGCUCCGCUCAGCUGGGAGUUUUCUGUCAACAUUCCCAAUGAGCCACUGCAGUCUGUGAGACGGGCCUAUACGCCCAGGACUAGCUUCGUACCGCUGGACCGCGAUCACCCAGCGCACAACACUUUGCCAGGGUCAUUCGUUUCUUCUCGAGAUGGCAUGACCGUCUCAUCAACUGGUUUUGUUGAGUACUAUCUCAAGGCUCAGCUUCGGUACACUUUCAAAGGCUCCAGUAAAUCAGUCGAGGCAAUAUGGCCUUUCCGACUGGUUCAUCCAGUGGAUGAAACUGCAGCCAGUCAGCUCUCAACGUUAAAGCGCCUCUCGUACCCGCAACGAAUUCUAAGCCAGCGUCUCCUCCCAGGUAUGCAGCAGGCCGAUCUCACCCUCAAACAAAAGACGCAAAAAUUUUUCGGUUCUUCAAAGGUGCCGAAACUCUGCUUUAGUGUGGACAUCCACCACCCAGCUGCUAUUCAACUUGACAACCCGCAGCCGAUCCCAAUUAUUCUAGAGAUCCGGCCACUACCAGAUCAAACGAGCCCGUCGGUAGAAGACCAGACUAUCGGGAUCAACUGGGUGAGAAUGACUCUACAUCAGCGUACAUCUGUCCUCGCGCCGAGCAACUUUCUCUCCGACUAUCCGCACGAUGACGGUCAUCCGGCUUCGCGGAGCCUCAAUCUGGAGUCAGCCUUUCGACGGCUUGAGUCGCCCUUGGUGAUGAGUACAGGUGAAAAGGGCGAGAAGAAAGUCAAUAUUGGCGAAAUGUUUCAGUUGGUUCUUCGUUCGACUGGGUUCGCUUCUGGCUCGCGGUAUCUGACUAGCGUCGCGCCUAUUCCUGACUUUACCACUUACAGUAUCAGACAUGUUAAUACUGUGGAAUGGAAGGUUGCAUAUUCGGUUGCUGGGGAGACAGGGACGGUUAAGGCGACCAGUCCGAUGAAAAUCAUCGCAGCAGCUUAA